AUGUAUCGUUUCGCUAGUCUCUAUGCUAUGGGAAAAAUGCUUAACAGAACAACUGUUUACAUUCAUGAUGACUCCACAAUGCAUCAAAUAGAUAAAGAACUAGCUCAUGCUUUCCCUAACUUUCAUUCAAAAAUUUAUUUUUUGAGAAAAAAUGUGACAGAUAUUCACUCAAUUGCUUUUGCUAAAGAAUGCUGCGAUUAUAAUGAUCCAAAAAUACUUCUGAGUCAAAAUAAAGGGAGAGCGUUAAAUUUAACUGGUGAACCUGUUUUUGAAAAUACUCGUUACUUUAAUCAUAUGCGACCUCAAAUCCUUAAAAUAUUUGAAUUUGGAAAAGAACUUGUCGCAAAAGUUACUGCUAUAAAUGAUAAGCUUAUUAGUGAAGAUACUUCAUCACACAAAAUAUGCAUUCAUACAAGAGUUGGUGAUUUUACAGGCAUGGGGGAAUCAAAAACUGGCGAGAUAAACAAGGCGCUUAUCCGGAUAAUAAAAAUAUUAAAGAGGUUAAUGAAAAACAAGACUUAUUCAUUGGUACUCUUUGGAACUGACAAAGGGUUUUUGAAGACAAUUAAAACUGAAGAGCCAAUGAAUAAAGUUCACUAUGUUGCUGACUUAAAGUUAUCUCGUGGGGAAGAGCUAAACUUUGCUCAACAAAUAUGCGAUUCAUUUAUUAAUACUGCUGAUCUUUCUUCCUUUGCUGCCUGGAUGGGAUAUCUAAUGCCUGAAGAUCGACCAAUCUUCUUUAUAAGAAGAUAUAGGAAAGGCUCUUUAAUAGAGUCAUUAUCAAUGUUGCCUGAAAGUUGGAUUCCUAUGGAGGAAAGUUGGCUCAAAAAUUAA